AUUAAUUAAUAAUAAAAUAAGAUGCAAAGCUAUAAACUUCACAUAGUUUCUGAAAAUCUAAAGGAUAGACAUCCUUAUGUGGAACCUGAUUUUAAGGAUAGAUAUGAUCCAUCUGAAGUAUUAGAUAUAAUAAUGAAUAGGUUUAUCAUGCAGUGUUUGACCGUUCCAUUCCUAAAUUAAUUGAAAUAUUGCUGAUGGAAAAUAUUGAAGCAUUUAAAUAUAGAGAUGCUUUAAUCACAUUGAAUGAAAUGGUUGAUCAUCAAGAGAUGAAAGAUUAAAUGAUAUCGUAAGGUAAUUAUUAUUUUUAUAAUUAGGAUUGGUGGGUAUUGCAAGUGCUUAUCUACAUCAUAAAGAUAUUUAGAUUAGAAAAUAAGCAGUGAUAUUAUUAGGAUGUUUAGUUAGCAUUAUGAGAGGAAGAGAACAAUUAUGUGAUCUUAGUUUUGAUGGUCUUGCUAAAUUAUUAUUUGAUGAUGCUAGAGAACAAUGUGGAUGGGCAUUAUGUAGAAUUAUUACUGGAAGAGAUGGAGUAGAUAUCUUAUGUAAAUCCAAUCUCACUAAAAAGAUGAUCUAAUCUUUUAUGUAAUCUAAGGAUUAUCCUAAAUUUACUGUUUAUUUAUUAGAAGCAUUUGCCAAAAUAGUAGAAUUUGAUAAUGGUAUUUACUUCUUUCUAAAUUGUGGAACCAUUAAGAGGUUCAUUGACAUUCUUUCUCAAGAAAACUAUUAUGAUUAAAAAUAUACUCAAAGAAUAACUUAUUUAUCUUUAGAAGUGUUAUCUAAAAUAUGUGCUAAUCAUGAUGGAAAAGAGGAAGCAAUUAGAGAAGAUGCUAUUAAGGUUGCAAAUAGGUAUUUAGAUAGUCCUUUGUAAGAAGAAGCAUAUUUUGCUACCAUUUUGAUUAUGAAUUGCACUAUUAAUCUUGAGGGUAAGAAAUAAUGUGUACAUAUUGAAAAUGAUGAAAUAAUUUAAGUAUUAUUUGAUUCAUAUAAUUUUUAGAAAUUAAUUUCACUUCUAAAUAAGGAUUUUUGUAAGGAUGUUAAACAAGCCUUAAUUAAUAUUGCAGAUUAUCCAGAAGGAUUUAUCAUUAUUACAAAAUUAUUAUCAAAUAGCUAUGAAACUUUAGAUGAUUUACUCGGUCCUAGAGUAGUGAUUGCCUUAGCUAAAUUAAUCCCAAGAGGAUUAGAGAAUUAUGAUGAUUAUAAAUAAUAUGGCAGAACUCUAUGUAAAUUCUUAAGAGAUUACAAUGAAGCCCUCUAUAUAGCCUUAGAAGUAUGAAUAAAUAAUAGUUUAAAAUAGGACACUGUUAAAAUAGUAGAAAUUUUAAUGGAAUUCUUUUAUUAUACUGAUUUAGUAAGAGAUGUAACAGAUUCGUUAUUAAAAUUGAUUGAAAUAGAUGUAGACUCAAGAGAAUAUGCAUUAAACUAUUUGGAAACUCAUAAUGCUAAUAGUAAAGAGAUCUAAGGAAUAUCCAAAAAAAUACUUGAAUUAUUCCCACAUUGA